AUGCAUCGAUGGUAUCAAAGAUAUACAAAAACUGAUAUAUUAGCUAUUGGAAUCGAAGGUGAUCGUAGUUCAUUAUGUGGUGCUAUAAAACGAUUUCAACGUUAUGGAAUACAAUCGAAUGGUUUAUUAACUUUAAAAGAACAAUGUGCUCGUUAUAUUGUUCUUAUUAAAAAUGAACAAAUUAAAUGGUUUAUUACUGUUUCUUUACCAGUACAUUUAUUUAAAUACGUAACAAAGGAUAUAUUUAAUUUACAACGAGAUGAAUUUACAUCAAAUAAUACAGAUAAUUUUGAUUUAUGUGAAGAAUGUGCAAUGAAUAUUAAUAAAAAACAACGAAUUAAAUGUCAAUGUCCUAAAUUAGAACGUGCAAUUAAUAAAUUAAAUAAAUAUUUUUUUAAACGAAUGAAUAAUGACGAUAAAAUAACAACAUUUAAUUCAAAAAAAUUUGAACUUAUAUAUAAAUUACCAAAUUCUAAUGAUGAUUAUUGGGAUUAUUAUGAAGAAGCACCAUUAUUUUUUCUUUAUCUUUUACCAUGUGCAUAUCAUGAAGAAAGCAAUAGAGAAGAUUUAGAUGAUAUGGAUUGUGGACCUUAUCAUACAUGUCGAUUGAUUGAUCAAGUAUCUGUAGAAGAUAAACUUCUGUUUGUUGAUGUUAUGCGUUUUUUUGGUGGAUUUCAAAGUAAACAUGAACAACCAAAACUUAUUUUAUAUCAUUGUCAUGAACAUCAACUUUAA